GUACAGGCUGCAUUGCUUCAUGACACAGUCGAGGACACUGACACAACCAUCGAGGAGCUGGAGUGUUCGUUUGGACCAACUGUGGCGAGAAUCGUCCAGGAGGUUACAGAUGACAAGUCGUUACCAAAAGAGGAGAGAAAGCGGCUGCAAGUGGAGCACGCACCACACCGCAGCCAUCAGGCCAAACUAGUUAAACUAGCUGACAAAUUGUAUAAUUUGCGGGACCUCAAUCGUUGCACUCCCACUGGUUGGACGGCUGAAAGGGUUCAAGAAUACUUUGUGUGGGCAUCUCGGGUGGUAAAAGGCCUCCGUGGCACCAAUGCAGCACUUGAGGAGAAAAUGCAGCAGCUCUUUUUGCAGAGAGGAUUGGCGUUAUGAUGAUGUCACGAGCCAUUGGUUGAAAUUAAAUGAUUGUGCUU